AUGCACGUAUCAUUUACUUUAACAAUCUUCACAGCAUUAAUGAACAUCAUCAAAAGCAGUAUUUCGGACAACGGAAUUCUCGGUGAUCCAUAUGUUUACUGUGGCGACAAUUAUAUUGAAGUGCAAUUUGAAACACGGAAUACUUUCAAAGGGGUAAUAUUUGUGGAAGACCAUUUAGAGGAUCCGUCAUGUCGUUCAAUUGGCUCUGAAAAAGUGGACGAUAAAGGACGAAAUGCAUCCAUUAAAAUCGGAUUCAAAAGUUGUGAUAUUGAGAGAAAGCGAUCGACUAACCCACGUGGUUUGUAUAUAACAACGUCACUUUUUCUGGCAUUCCAACCAGAUUUUCUCACCAAAAUUGACCGUGUUUAUGUGGUGCAGUGUUUAUAUAUGGAAAUAGAAAAAAUCUUCGAGAAACAAAUACAAGUAAAGAUGAAUCCUCCUCCGCUCCAAACUGAGCAAGUGCCGAUGCCAGUGUGUAAAUAUGAGAUUCUAGAUGGAUCGCCUACUGGACCUCCAGUAUUUUAUGCUGUCAUUGGACAGAUGGUUUAUCACAAAUGGACAUGUGAGACGGAUACCGAGAACCAAUUCUGUAUGGUGGUGCACAGUUGCUUUGUGGAUGACGGUAACGGUGAUCGGGUUCAGCUGAUUGAUGAACAAGGAUGUGCGAAAGACAAAUAUUUACUGCAAAAUCUGGAAUAUGUGUCAGAUUUAAUGGCGGGUAAAGAAGCGCAUGUUUAUAAGUAUGCCGAUCGACAAAGUUUAUUCUUCGAUUGCCAAAUAUCAGUGUCAGUAAAAGAACCGACUCAGGAAUACUGCUCCGUAUCUAUAAUUCCAACUUGUGCAGAACCACCAAGACGAAGGCGUCAGAUUUUAUUGCAGCCAAAGCCGCUAAUACAGGAAAGCUGGACUUUAUCCUCAUUUAAAAACACUUCCCCAAUAAACGAACAAAAAUUGAUGGAAAUCAGUGGAACAACAUCAUUUAAUAAAAAAGAAUUUGGAUUAGAAAUGAAGUUUAGUCUUCGAUAUGACCAAAUUGAAAAAGUUAGCUGGUUUGAUGACAAUUUCGGUAUUUACCAGGAUGUGUUCUGUAUGUCAUCAUUUGGCCUCGGUACAAUUGCAGCGAUGAAUUUAAUUAUGAUCUCAACAUCAGCUGUAUUUUUUUAUGGCAGCUGCAAGCAUUCAUUAUGUAGAACAAUGAAUCAGAUGUAA